AUGGCGCCGAAACAGGCAACUUUAGGCCAAUUUUUUGGCCAGGCGAAUGGGACGAAGAGCAAGCCAGCGCCGAUGCAGCAGACAAAAUUGAGCUUCGCGACCAAGGCGAAGACAGAAGAGAAGAAUGAUAAAGCAAAACGAGAGGAUGAUGUUGAGGAUGUUCAACCUGAAGAAGACGCGGGCGGAAAAUCUCCAGAACCCAAGAAAAAGCGGGGGCGCCCAGCGAAGUCAGCGGUUGCCCAAAAGGAUGCCAAUGGGGUCGAAGAUGAAGAGGGAGAAAGCGCAGCUCCGGUAACAAAGCGUCCACGGAAGGGCAGGCGGGUAGUUAAAGAUGACGAAGAAGAUGAGAUCAUGGAAGAUGUGCUGUCUGAAUCGGAUGCCAAACAGGAGGCAAAGAAACCCCCUGUGUCGGCCCCUGAACCCGCGCUAAUCAAAAAGUCAGAGGUUGAGGAGCGGACUCCCGAGUCAGAAUCAGAAGUCGAAGAGGCAGAGGAAGAGCUGCAGGAUGAGGAAGAGAAGCCUGAUGUUGCGGCAAAGGUGCGGCAAAAGAUCCAGGCCACUCUCAAGUCGAAUGUCAAACACCCGUAUCCGGACUGGAAGGAGGGCGAGCCGGUGCCAUAUGCGGCCCUCUGCCAGACAUUCUCGCUCAUCGAGCUUACCUCCAAGCGGUUGGAGAUCAUGGCGCACUGCUCCUUGUUCCUCAGACAAGUCAUGCGGCUUACCCCUGACGACCUUCUGCCUACUGUCUUGCUCAUGGUCAACAAGCUCGCCCCUGACUAUGCCGGUAUUGAGUUGGGCAUUGGCGAGUCGCUGAUCAUGAAGGCCAUCGGCGAGACGACAGGCCGCAGUCUCUCAGUUAUCAAGCAGGAUCAAAAGGAGAUUGGUGACCUUGGUCUCGUGGCUGUCAAGUCAAGGGCAACGCAACCAACCAUGUUCAAGCCGAAGCCUCUUACUGUCCGGGGCGUCCAUAAGAUUCUUAUGGACAUUGCCACCGUCACAGGUAACGGCGCGCAGCAGAAGAAGGUUGAUUUCAUCAAGAAGUUGCUUUCGGCUUCGGACGUGAAUAUGAAGGGCAAAGCCGACAUUACCAAGGACAAAGGUGGCCCAAGUGAAGCCAAGUUCCUCGUUCGUUUCCUUGAGGGCAAGCUGAGACUCGGUCUCGCUGAAAAGACUGUCAUCGUCUCACUUGCCCAAGCGAUGGUGGCCCAUGAGGCAUGGAAGAAAGGCAAGGUGCCUAGCACAGCUGACUUGGAGAAGGGCGAGCAGAUUCUCAAGCAGGUCUACAGUGAAUUGCCGAGCUACGAUGUUAUCAUCCCUGCGAUGGUCAAGCAUGGCAUCUUCAACCUGCGGGAGCACUGCAAGCUACGACCCGGCGUUCCCCUUAAGCCCAUGCUGGCCAAACCUACUAAGGCUAUCACUGAAGUGCUGGAUCGCUUCGAAGGGCAGACCUUCACUUGCGAGUACAAGUAUGAUGGUGAGAGGGCCCAGAUUCACUAUGUCGCCAAGGAUACCGGGGAGGCCCUUAGCCAAUCGGCCUCGGGCGCUUCUAAGGAGGUUGGCAAGGGUGUGGCGGCCAUUUUCUCUAGAAACUCGGAAGACCUGUCCAAGAAGUACCCGGACGUCCUGGCCAAGCUGCCAACAUGGGUCAAGGAGGACACCAAGAGUUUCGUGCUCGACUGCGAGUCGGUAGCCUGGGAUGUCAAUGAAAAGAAGGUGUUGCCGUUUCAAACGCUCAUGACCCGCAAGAAGAAGGAUGUUAAGGUUGAAGAUGUCAAGGUCAAGGUCUGCGUCUUUGCAUUCGACCUGCUCUACUUGAAUGGCGAAGCCAUUGUGCAUAAGUCACUGCGGGAACGCCGCGAGCUUAUGUACAAGGCGUUCCAGCCCGUUGAAGGCGAGUUUGCCUUCGCCACGCACAUGAACAGUCAGGAGCUGGAAGACAUUCAGGCAUUCCUGGAUGAGUCGGUCAAGGCGUCGUGUGAAGGCUUAAUGGUUAAGAUGUUGGACGGAGAGGAAAGUGGAUAUGAGCCUAGCAAGCGCAGUCGCAAUUGGCUCAAGAUUAAAAAGGACUACCUCUCGGGCGUGGGUGACUCGCUCGACCUUGUUGUUUUGGGCGCUUACUACGGCAAGGGCAAGCGCACCUCCGUCUACGGUGCGUUCUUACUGGCCUGCUACAAUCCCAUCAAAGAGACCUACGAAACUGUGUGCAACAUUGGCACGGGUUUCAGCGACUCCGUUCUCGAGGAGCUGUAUAAGCAGCUCUCUGAGAUUGUCAUUGACCGCCCCAAGCCUUUCUAUUCUCACAGCUCGACUGCCCAGCAUCAGCCUGACGUGUGGUUCGAGCCUCGCUAUGUCUGGGAAGUCAAGACCGCCGACCUUACUCUCAGCCCGCGCUACAAGGCGGGCAUGUAUGAAGGUGUCGACCCGAGCGGCGAGAAGGGUAUCAGUUUGCGGUUCCCGCGCUUUAUCAAGGUCCGCGAUGAUAAGAAGCCCGAUGAGGCUACUUCAAGCAGGCAGGUUGCGGAAAUGUAUCGGAAGCAGGAGAGCGUUGCGAAGAGUAAAGGACCUGCGGUGGAUGAUGACUGGGAGUAUUAA